AUUUUUUGUUUUAUUUUAUUUGUCGAUUUGGAUUUCGAUGCUUUUGGAUUUAGAUUGAAGUGCGCAAAUUUUUGUUUAAUAAAUACUGAGAAAUUAUUUACACAUGUCCUCAAUGGCUCUUACAAAAACUGUUGACCAAGCAACUAUCUUAAGUGGUGACCGAUCAAAGCUUAAGGAUUUGCUCUGCAAUCGUCUAGCUGAGUGUGGGUGGAAGGAUCAGGUCAAACUUAUGUGUCGGAAUAAAAUUAAGGAAAAUGGUGGAAACAUAAAAAUCGAGCAGCUGGUAGCAGAAGUUACUCCUAGCGCUCGUUCCAUUGUUCCAGAUGCAAUCAAAAAGGAACUUUUAAUGAAAAUCAAGGCAAUCCUUGCCGCACAAGAAGGACUUGAUAUUUAAACAUUUUCAAGUUCAUUAUAUCUUUUUAUUGUUUUAUAUGCUAGAAUUUUUAAUUUUAAUCUUAUUAUUAAUUUUCAAUUUGGUGUUUUAUACAAAAUACAAAACAGUUGGGCGAAUUGCCCAUAUUUAAAUUAUUUAAAAAUAUGUACCUAUUCCGAUAGAAAAUAAAUAUGUAACAGAUUCUCUUUGUAAUUGAUACACAAGCAAAAA